UUUGUCUUGGAAAUUUUGUGGCUUCGAGUCGAAUACCGGUAAACUGCAAAGGAUUACAUCGGCAUUAAGAAAAUGCGGUUUUGCGUUACUUCAAAUAGUGAUACUGUUAUUUAAAGUGGAUCGACAAGAUACUGAAAAAUAACACACACAUUGGCAGAAGGUCAUUGUGGAUGGGUUAUGCUUACUCGGUUGUUGCUUUGAGAACAAUGGGAGAAACCACGGUCUUGAUCCGUUGACACUAGACUGUAAGCGUAAAGUCCACUUCAAAUUCCGAAGCUCAUUUUAUACAUCAUUUUCUCUCCUUGUAUUCUGAACUCUUCGUUUUCGACCCGAUGACAUUUGCUAAUCUCUUAUCUCGUCACGCUCAUCCAAACUCCCAUGAUGAUCAGUCCAAAACUGAGCGUGUACCAUCCUCUGAUGCUAAAUCACACUCUUCUCCAAAUGAUAUCAUCUCCACCACAGAACGUGAAAACGCAGUCGGCAAUCUGCAAAGCGCUUUUCCAACGAUAGAAGCCGAGGUGAUUGAAGCCGUACUGGACAGUCAGAAUAACAAGGUAGAAGCGUGCUUUGAGGUUCUGCUCAGUAUGACCGAUCCAAGUUAUGAAUCGGAAACCGCUGAAAUGACUCCAGAAGCUCGUCAUUCGCAGACUUCCGCAUUAGAUCAGCAGACGCAGCAAGACGAAUUACUGGCGAGAAAACUAGCAUUGGAAGAGCAAGAGCAACAACAAGACCAGUCCCAAGCGCGAUCUGGUUUCCAUAUCCAAGAGGAAAUUCCUGUUAUAAAAGAACGCGUGAUGGAAGCAAGUCAUUUGGCGAAAAAGAAGGUUUUGGAUUUUUAUUCAAGUUUGAAGUCCAAACGAUCUUCUGGUUCAGCUACCAGCGAGUCUACCGAAGGGCCAAAUGCGUCACCUGCAUUACACACAGAUAACAAUGAGGUGAAUGAAGCUAGCUUAUCCACGUGGAAAGUCGCCAGCGAAAAACCUGCAAUUUACUGCCGCGUACCAACAGUAACCUCUGUCGAUCUGUACGAAUGGGAUGGCAAGGAUUGUUCAGAGACGACAUCGAACACUGACAAGGAACGUAAAACUUCAACAUCUGCAGCGCAGCUGAAAGAGGAUGAAGACCUUGCCUAUGCCUUGGAACGAUGCUUCAAUAGCCAAUAUACCAGAACCAAUAGCACAUCCAGCCAAUCGUUUGCAAGCCAGGGCCAUACUUCGUCUCAACCAGGCAUCAAGCAUCACGAUAACACACUGUCUGAUAAUCAUUCCGAGAAAAAUCAUUCCAUAGAUGAUGACCCUAUUUAUCUUCACACCUUGCAAAAGCAGACAUAUAAUAUUAAUGACCAUGAUGAGUUUGAAGAUUUACUCAAACUAAAAUCAUAAUUCAAAUAGAAGAACAUUGACAACUAUGGCGGGUCACGAUGAUGUAGCCACUGUGUUACGCGUAGUGAAAUGGAACAAGGCGAAAUUAAGCUUUGUGGGUGUGACGGGCUUUAUGAGGGUCCGCGAAGCGGGCAUCUGGGUGAU